AUGACUAUCGAGCCACAAGACUAUCCGCCCCUGUCUGCAGAAGAGUUCAAGGUGUACAAUCGUGCUGCUGAGCAAAUGGACUACUUUCAUGGAUUCCUCCGUCGCUCGUGGAAUAUCCUGUGGGAGGCCGCGACCAGUGGCCGACGACCAGCCCACAUUAGCAUGGGGCAGUUCCUGACCGAGGGGCUGCGGUUCGCCGAGCACCUCGAGAUCCACCACCAGAUCGAAGAAACGCGGAUCUUUCCGUACUUGGCGAAACGAAUGCCUGAGUUCCGCACGGGGCGAGGCCGGCAAGCAGCUGAGCUUUUGCGGCAACAUCGCGAGAUCCAUGCCGGGCUGGAGGGGUUUCAGGAAUAUCUGGACAGAUGUCUGCAUGGAGACGAGGAGCUCCAGCUGGAUGUGCUGCGGGGCAAGAUGGAGGGGUGGAGGGAGGUGCUCUGGACACAUCUCGAUCAGGAGGUCAAGACGCUCGGGGCGGAGAAUAUGAGACGGUACUGGAGUAAGGAGGAGAUGGCAAGAUUACCUAUGUAA